UGGUAGCACGGACGUGAAGCUCCUUCUACGUUGUCGCUUUUUCAUAUCCAUUUACGCUUAGACACCGCCAUUUCCUCGCUCUCGUCAUUAAGGAUUCUACUCCUACAACGCAUCGGGACAGCUCAAGACUGGCGACUAAUCAAUUACCUCCCAUGGACUCGUAUGAACAAAGCGACGCUGCAAUAGACGCGUGGAGCUUAUCUGGAGGACACUUUGAUAACUCUGUAUCUGGUGAGUUGGUACCAGAAGAAUACUGUAAUAGCCGAAGAGCGACUUGUCUCGCUCAAGAUGACCUUGACAAUGGGGCUGCAGUGUUUGAUGAGUCACCAGACGCGAGAGCAAUGGAAGACACUCCUUAUGAGUUUCACUCACACGAUUACUUUUCUCGACGACAACAAGAUAUGGACGAUUUGGAGCCUGGAAUUCCUGAAUGGCUACCAUCACAACACAGACUAGGCCGAUCUUCAUUUGCUGCACCGUUCUUUGCUUCAAGCAUUGAGAAAAAGGCACAGAAUCCAGCAGCUUGUGGUGCUGUUGCCUAUGACAUUCGAAUUAAAUACGUUAUGCCGCGCUUUUUAUGUCGAUUGAUUGGGUUCAUGCUGUACUGCUGUCUACUGGCGAAUUUUUAUCAACAUCUGGGCCUGCCAUGUAAUGAUAGAAGAGUGGCACGCGGACAAAAAGAACACGCCAUUGACACAAAAUCUAUUCUGUUAAUGUGGUCCGAAACUAUGGUAACCAUGGCCGUUUGUUUUCUCAUAGGACAGGGCUUUUAUGGAUUAAGACACUUACGCGAGCGGAUGGAACGUGUUCGGCAGACAGCCAUAACGGUGGCAUAUGCGUUUCUGAAAACUACAAUUCGCAGACGACGCUGCCUUGAUGAUGAACUCGAACUAAAGAUUUUUGAAUGUCUGGCAUUGCUCACCGCAUACCCUGUCGCACUAUAUCAUCAGAUACAAGGUAAUACAUGUGAGCCUGCGGUAACGAACUAUUGCAGAGAGAUUUCACGUGCUCUGAAAUCUCUCCGCGAUGGAAAAUGGGAGAUCGGCUGCUCCCCUCCAGGUAUGCUCGCUCACGAGCGUUCCGUGACCGUUGAAUACUUUUUCGAAAGGUUUUCAUUGAAUCUUGAUGCCGAAUAUCGUCGCCAAGCAGUCCAAACAAAGACCCCAUCCAUGGCACCACAAUACAUCAUCUAUAAGCUUCGCAAUCACUUUGAAGAUUUUGUUGACGCAGGAUCUAUUGCUCGUCACAGCGGGCCAAUUAUCCGUGAAAACAUUGACUUGUUUGCCAUGGCUGGGAGAGACUGUGGCAUAUAUUCACUGAGAGAUGUGGUGCCUAUAACACUCCUUUCUGUUGUAGACUUCUGCGGCCGAGUUGUGGCGUUUGGGGUACCAGUUCAAAACUGCGAGUGGAUAAUAAGUGAAACAGAUGCCCAAGUACACAAUAGUGUGGCACCUAGGGCCGAGAUUUUUGUUGCUUGGGUUGUUCUAUCGAUCAUUAGUGCCGCCGUUUUGUCGAUCCUUGAUGAGAUGUGGCGCUUGUGGGAUCCCCUGGGCAAAUCUACAAACGUAUAUGCUUGGUCUCUGGGGAUUGCAUCUGAAAUCGACCAUAUGCUUAAUGAGUUCUACGAACAAGACACUUCCACACUAGAUCGCCGGCAUGCCUACAUGGGUUCUUCGAUUCCGUUGAGCCCGCCGCUGGUGGUGAGCUGCGGUGAGUGCUGCGAAAGACGGACGAUUUGAAGGAUCUGAGGGUGUGUGCAAUUAUUGCUAUAAUAGUGAGCUUACUGUUUGAUUUGUUUUCUGCCUUUGACCUUAUACUAUAUUUAUUGCUAGGUAAUACAAUUCAUUGGUC